GUUCAUAUGCUUUGAUGCUCAAGCUAAGGGAUUCUUUGCUGUAUAUAGACCUUUCAUUGGUUUAGAUACAUGCUUCCUUAAAGGCCUUUUUGGUGGACAACUAAUGCAUGCAAUGGGGAGGGAUGCCAACAACCAAAUGUACCCACUGUGUAUGGCCAUUGUUGAAGCAGAACUAAAGGAUAGUUGGGGUUGGUUUCUAGAGAAUUUGAUACAAAUCAUAGGAAGACCUGAGAAGAGGGGAUGGUGUUUCAUGUCUGACAGGCAGAAGGGUUUGGUUGAAGCAUUUAAAAGAUUGAUGCCUAAUGUGGAGCAUAGAUUUUGUCUAAGGCAUAUGUAUGCCAAUUUCAACAAGACCUACAAAGGAAAAGAGUAUAAAGAUUUGUUCUGGAGAGCAGCUUCUAUUUACAUAAUUCCAGAGUUUAAUGAUAAAAUGGCAGAGAUGUAUAGUGUUGAUAAAAAGGCACAUGAGUGGCUGCUUCAGGAGGAAAAAGAGGUUUGGGCUAGAGCCUACUACCACCCUAGGUCCAAGGUUAACAAAAUGGAUAACAAUAUGAGUGAGGGGUUCAAUACUUGGAUAAAAGAAGCAAGGGAGAUGCUCAUACUCACACUAGUAGAGACAAUUAGGAGACAACUGAUGGUAAGGUAUGUGGAAAGACUUGAAUACAGUAAGAAGUUCAAGGGUAGGUUGUGCCCAAAUAUUAGUAAGUGUGUUGAGAUGAAAAAGGUGAAUGUAAGAACAGUAAAUGUGAUUUACUCAGGAGGGACAUUAUUUAAGGUGACUAGUGUAGACAAAACCUUUGUGGUUGAUAUUGGGGAGCACACUUGCACUUGUAGAAGGUGGGAUCUGACUGGAAUUCCUUACAUUCAUGGAUGUGCAGCCAUCAUAGCUCACAAGGCACAGCCUGAAGAUUAUGUCAAUGAGGCUUACACAACUGAUACAUUUGUUAGGACUUACAGCCAUAUGAUGAAACCAAUACUAGAUAAAAGCUUAUGGCCACAAACUCAGUAUGAUCCAAUAAUGCCUCCACCUUUAAGAGUGCCAAUUGGGAGGCCAAAGAAGGCUAGGAGAAAAGGAGAGGAUGAGCCCAAUAAUCCUUUCAAGACUAGGAAGCAUAGUACUACUACCAUGUGCAGACAAUGUGGGCAAUAUGGGCACAAUGUAAAGACUUAUAAAACACCACAAGGCAGUUGGGUUAAACAUAAGGGCAAGUACUAUGGAAAACAGAAGGCUAGGUUUGAAGGUGGUGUGCCACGCUGGUAAGCCAAAAGAAAGCAGAAGUGGGUCUGUUGGCAGAGGAAGGGGAAGGGGAAGAGG